ACUUCAGUUUGACGUUUCUCUUGUUAUCUUUAUCUCUCCGGAAGAUUUCGAAUAUUUUUAGUAUCGUGUUUUCCGUAACUGGUAAACUGAAAAUGGCAAAAAAUACCUCCAGUUCCGCGUUUCGCAAAAUCGAUGUCGAUCAGUACAAUGAAGAUAACUUCCGAGAGGAUGACGCAGACCAGGUUUCCAGCGGAAUGAUUGUCCCGGAUGAAAAUGAGAUCACCUCACUUCUCAAUCAAGGAAGAAACAUUGACGCCUUGAAAACGGUUUUGCAAAACGCUCCUUUGAUGUGCAAAAAUCAGCAAGUCAAGGACAAUGCCCUAAAUCUUACCCUCAAGGUGCUACUGUCCAUUAAAUCGUCCCAGAUUGAUGCAGCCAUUGAGUCGCUGGACGAUCCGGAACUAUGGGACGUUCUGAUGAAAUAUAUCUAUCGGGGAUUCGAAAUUCCGUCCGAGGGUUCGAGCGGCCAUUUGCUCACCUGGCACGAGAAGGUGUUUGCCAAGGGCGGAGUCGGUAGUAUCGUGCGUGUUUUGUCCGACAGUGCGCGAGCGUAGACGACAGGGUGCCGCGCCAAGUUGAAAUAUUGUCAGAUUGAAGAGUUUCGCUACGCUGAGAACGUCUUAAGUAUUUUGUUUAUUUUAAAAAUUGUAUAUUGUUUAAGGAAAUUAAAAGAGA